AUGCACAUGAGCCUUCCGCGGUUCCACCCGUCCAAUUUCAACCACCUUGACUCGCCUGCCACGCCGUCAUCCACGGUGCAAAGCCCAGCCAUUGGCAUCAACCGAGUUACCCAGCCGGUGCAGCUGGAAUCUCCUAGGCUUAUGCGGGAGAAACAACGCGAGUUUUUGGAGAGGGCACAUCUUUCCUCCAAGAUUGCCGCUUCAUCCUUUAGUCCGAAGCCUGGUGCACCGCGGUUGGACCCGUUAGGAAGUCCCAAGGGACCCGUCACGCCUCUGGAGCUCGAGGAAGCCGGCGACUAUUUCCAGGUCGCUGGAGCUGGGAAAGCCUCUCCGGCGGCAAGCCCUGGAGGACGGAGUCCGAGGAGUGACCUCUCAUCUGACAAGGACGAUUGCCAGAAGAUCAAGAAGGUUAGACAGACCGACGUCUAUCUGUGA